UUUGUCCGUUAGGCGAUCAUGUCUCGAGCCAAAGGUCGGGGUCGAGAAAUUUUUCAGACAAACGAGUAGAGACAAAGCCCGUGGAAUCUCAACAUUCUUCAAUGUGAGAAGUCGAGCGAAGAGAUCUAUACUCACUUCCCUGCGCGGCACGACACAGUCGAAGAGAAAGAUCGAAGCAUUACGGGCGCUGCCGGUGUUCCCCUGAAUACUAGUCGACUAACAUCUACUCAGCAAGGCUGCGUAAUGGGUUCCAACAUCGUCGUUCCCACCAGCCAGGCCGGCACCAACUCAGCUCCAGAUCGGAUUAAGUUUGCGUACUGGGUUCCCAAUGUGUCAGGAGGGCUUGUCAUAUCCAAGAUCCCGCAGCGUACUAAAUGGGACCUCGAAUCGAAUGUCAAGUACGCCCAAACAGCAGAGAGCGUCGGCUUCGAGUAUGCUCUCUCCCAGAUCCGAUUCACGGCCGGCUACGGCGCGGAGUAUCAGCAUGAGCCUGUCUCCUUCUCCCAAGCGCUGCUUCACCAAACCAAAACACUCAACCUCAUCGCUGCCCUCCUCCCUGGCCCGUGGAAUCCCGCCGUGGCAGCGAAGCAGAUUGCAAGCAUCGACCACUAUUCCAAUGGCAGGGUCGCCGUCAAUGUCGUGUCAGGAUGGUUCAAAGCAGAGUUUACCAGCAUCGGCCAAUGGUGGCUCGAUCAUGCUGAACGUUAUCGACGGUCGAGGGAGUUUAUCACUUGUCUCAAGGGCAUCUGGACGGAAGACAAGUUCACAUUCCGAGGCGACUUCUAUCAGUUUCACGACUACACCCUUCAGCCCAAACCCUUGAAGUGGGAAGGCAGGGACCAUCCUGAGAUCUUUCAGGGUGGUAACUCGAUUGAUGCGCGGGAAAACGCCGCGACAGUGUCCUCGUACUAUUUCAUGAACGGAAACACCCUCGAAGGUUUCCAAACGCAGAUCGCCGAUGUCAAAGAGCGCGCUCGUCGCGAAGGUCGCGAAGAUCAAGUCAAAUUCGCGGUCAACGGGUUCGUCAUCGCGCGUGAGACUGAGGAAGAGGCCAUCCGUGUUCUGCAGGAGAUCCAAGGGAAGGCGGACAAAGAAGCCGUCGAGGCAUUCGGCGACCAAGUCAAGAACGCAGGUGCAUCGACCGCCAACAAGACCGGCAUGUGGGCGAACAGCAAGUUCGAGGAUCUGGUGCAAUACAACGACGGAUUCAAGACGAAACUCAUCGGGACGCCUCAGCAGAUUGCCGAUCGCAUACUUCUCCUGAAGAGCCUGGGUGUUAGUAUAUUGCUCACUGCAUUCCUCCAUUACGAUGAGGAGAUUGAGCAGUUUGGAAAGGAGAUCAUUCCUUUGGUGCGGAAGCUGGAGGCAGAAGGCAGAGGGAAGGACGCAGACUACGAGAUCAAAUUGACAGGCGAUGUAUACAAGGCUAGGGAGAUUGAGGAGGUCAAGACCUCGUAAGAGCGUCAUCGAACGCAACCCCUCUGUUAGCAAGAAGGAUGGGAGUAUCGGCUUCUGGGCACCUGUCCGGCUAACUACUCAAAAGCUAGUACACAAACUACAUGGCAAAUACAUAUGACCCAUCUAGUAAAUCCAUAACUUGC